GUCUCCCGUAACGCUCUUCGCUUGUCAUAGUUCAGAACUCAAGUGCGCCACAUGGGGAUCAGUGUUGCACUGUUUGCUUUGACUUAAUACCUUAUUUCUGUGUGCAGGUGAUUUUUUUAAGUUUAAGAAAGAAGCUCACCGCCGAGAUAAUCUUGUGAAAGAAGGACUUUUUCAUCCUAAAUUACAUGUUUUUCUUAUUCCUGUGAAAUGAAAGAGGAUGUCAAAAAUUUUAAAAUUUGACGUGUGAAAUAUUUUAAGAUGUGUAUUAUCGGUAACACGUGAGUUGACUUGUUGUGGAAAGAUGGAGUGUGAAUUUAAUCAUUUUACCUGAAAAUUUAAAUUUUUGAUUUUAAUUGGAAGAUAUGUGGGGCUCCUUGCUAUCAAUCGGCACUGUCGUGAGUCUGUUAGUGCAGAAACUUGCAGCCGAUUGUCAACAUAUGGACAAGUUCUAUAUGAAUCACACGCUCUGGUUGCCAGAUCUCUGUACUAUCUGUACCUGUCUGGACCCUGUGUCUGUCUGUGAAAAUGUCCGCUGCCUGAAUCCCAACUGUUUCUAUGCUAAGGGGGAAUAUCUUCAGAUUCCACAUGAUGGGUGUUGUCCAGAGUGUGUAGGAACUUUAGCCCCUUGCCGUCAAGGCUCCAAAACAUUCGCACACAACACUGACUGGUACCCUGAUCCUUGCUCCCACUGUACGUGUUGGGAUGGAGACGUCACUUGUUCGGCAGUAGCCUGUCCCAGACAGAACUGUAAACCUGGGACUGUAGCCCAGACCCUGCCCGGGCAAUGUUGCCCCCAGUGUAUAGCCUCUGGAAGUUCCUGCUCAACGGAUGGUGCAACUUAUGACGAUGGACAUGAGUGGUCACCCCUUCCUUGUACAAAAUGUGUGUGUCAAGACGGAACAGCCUCAUGUUUCCCAAUACAGUGCCCCCCUCUCGUUUGUCCCCCGAGUGAGAGAAAAGUGAGAAGACCUGGGGAAUGUUGCAUUGAGUGUGUCAGUGGACGAGAUUCAUGUAAUUCUGAGAUACCAGUUCGUUACCAUGGUGAUGUGUGGAACAUUUCUGCUUGUGAAUUCUGUUUGUGUGAAAAUGGUCAAGUCCAGUGUCAUAAAGCCAUGUGUGAACCACUCAUCUGUGAACUAUAUGAAACCAAGGUCCAUCUAGAUGGGAAAUGUUGUCCAGAAUGUAUGGAACAACCAAGAUGUUACUCUAAUGGAGAGAUUUACUUGGAUGGUGACACGUGGUACCCUGACCCCUGUUCUAUAAUUUUGAUGUGUUUUUUUCCCCCUUUAGGAUGGAUGGUGACACGUGGAUGGUACCCUGACCCCUGUUCUAUCUGUAGCUGUAGGGAGGGACACAUCACCUGUUACCAGAAGCCCUGUCCUGUCUGUCCCCAGGGUCAGGUGUCCCUCAUUCACUCCGGGGAGUGCUGCGGUACCUGUAAACCAUUGCAAUGUGGCAAGGCCUGCUCUGUUUGUCGCCCGGACAAUCCAGACUACUGCCUGGUCUGUAAACAGCCUGGACUUUAUCUACAGGACGGAAAAUGUCUGACCAGCUGUCAGGAAAACUAUUAUGUCACCAAAAAUAGAAAAUGUGGAGAGUGCCAUGAUACAUGUGUCAGCUGUACAGGGGCCACACAACAUCACUGUGUCAAAUGUAAGCCUGGUCUACUAUGGAGGGGUGGACAGUGUGUACCCAGGUGUGGAUCUAACUUCUACCAAAACGGAGGGCAGUGCCUGGCCUGCCAUUCAUCUUGUCAGGAAUGCCUUGGUCCUAACAAAAACAACUGUUUGUCCUGUACAAUAUCAGGUCAAGUCCUACUAGCGGGCCAAUGUGUCAAUGACUGUGGACCCCAAUACUACAUAAAGGAUGGAAAGUGCACCAGUUGCCAGCCUACUUGUUCUAGCUGUUCUAGUGAUGGGAGAUUCUGUACUAACUGUACCCAGUCCCUCGUCUUACACAAGGGGCAAUGUGUGACUGGCUGUCCCUGGGGGUACUUCAUCUCCCCUCUUGGAGUGUGUACAGCGUGUCACCCGAGCUGUAAGAAAUGUAGUGGGCCCCAAGAAGUGGAUUGUCUGACAUGCCUGGACGGUUCCCCUCCCAGGAAAGGAGGUCACUGCCCCGGAAACUGUGUCAGCGGGGAAUACAGGGACACCAGCGGAAACUGUAAAAAGUGUGAGCCUGGAUGCAUCAGAUGUAGGGCCACAGACAGUGGACAGGGAUCUGUUUGUGUGGAGUGUCCCUCACCAAUGAUGGCUUUUGACAACAUCUGUGUCAGGCAGUGUCCCAUUGGUCACUUUAAUCAGAGCUCAAUUUGUCAAAAGUGCAGCAGUGGUUGUGUGGAGUGUACCUCCCCCUCCCAGUGUACAAGAUGUGGUCCCUCCCUCCUCCUGUCAGCGGGGGUAUGUGUCCUCCAUUGUCACCCUGACCAGGUCAUUGAUUCACUCCAUAGUGUCUGCCAAGACUGUCCUGCAAAUUGUCUUCGCUGUUCUACCCCUGAUGAGUGUACGCAGUGUGAUGAUGUAACAUACCUUAAGAUGGGAGUCUGUGUAUCAGCUUGUGGCCAAGGUUUCUAUCAGAAUCCGGAGACAAGGCAGUGUACUGUCAAUCAACACCGACCCACUCUACAGAUAAUUGGUCAGAUUCAGGUGGAGCAAGGUGGAGUGGUCAGCAUUACUGGUGAUACCUUCUCCUUGUCUGACUCAGACACUUCAAAAGAUGACCUCCACUUAAUAGUGACUGAGACUACUAGCAUUGGAAAACUGGUGAAAGCUGUCCAAGGGAAUGAUGGGAUAUUAGAGUCUGGAGGUACAUUUUCAUUGGCUGAUCUAGAAACUGGCAAGAUUCGCUUCAUACACAACGCUGGGAAUGACAGGAAAGGCAAGAUUAAAUUAAGAGUAACUGAUGGUCAACUAUACAGUGAAGAAAGAAUGUUACAUAUUCUGGUCAUUCCCAAAAAUCCACCAUAUUUACGGAAGCAUGAGUCAUUGUUGGCAUUUCUGGACAAUACAACUACCAUAGGACCACAACAAGUUGAUAUCCGAGUAGACAGCUUAGAAAAUUCUGUUUCCAUCACAGUGUUAAGAGGUCCCAGUCAUGGACAGAUUGUGAACAUAGACAAUGAUGUACCUGUGUCAGAAGUUGCUUUGAAAGAUUGGACCAAUGAGAAAUUAGCUUACAAAAUCUAUAAGUCCAAAGCCACCUCUGACAAGGUUCUGUUCCAGGUGUUUGAUGGCUACCACUCUCUUAACUUCCUGCUGGAUAUUACUAUAAGAAAACAGGAAGAUGUGCUACCAUUAAUCGUACAGAACAACAUGGGUCAUGUGAUAAAAGGUCAAAUGCUGCAGCUAACGUCAGAGUUAUUAAGUGCUAAGGUUAUGGAUACCAAUAAUGCCCCAUCAGAUGACAUUAUAUUCACAUUAUCUCCCCCAGUCAACAAUCCAAAAGAAGGAGAAUUGAAGAUGGUAGUACAGCAGCCAGAGGACGGACCAGGGAGGGGGUGGGAGGAUGUAGGAGACGGGAAAAUGUCUGCCAAGAUGUUCCGCUUCUUACAGAGAGACAUCAAUGAGGGCAGGAUCUGGUACAAACACAUGGGGGCCUCCAAAGACGCGGAUUUCUUCACAUUUGAGGUGUCAGACACAGCUAAACAUCCCAACAUCCUGAGAGACCAGGUGUUUCACAUCCUGGUUACACGCGAAAGUCUGACUACUACAGCUGUACCUACAGUAGCACCAGGAACUAAACUAGGAAUCUCAGUGUUGGAGAACCAAGUGACCCCCAUCAGUAGUACAAACUUAGCUUACCAGGAUAGGGACACAGAGGACAAAGAUAUCGUCUAUAACAUCAUCAGACCGCUGGGCCAGGGGGAGGGGUCAGUGGAGUAUCUGUCACACCCCUUCACCCCCAUCACCAGAUUCUCCCAAGAGGAUAUCAACAACAAUAGGGUCCUUUAUAGACCGCCAGGCACAGAGUUAGGGGCCCAAGAGAGGGAAUUCUUUUUCAUUUUCACAGUAUCUGAUGGUACAACAAACUCCACAAAGGAGGAGCGCUUCACCAUUAGAGUUAUUCCAGUGAACAAUGAGCCCCCCACGUUUACCUACGAGAAUGCUCCCCUCCAGGUGCCACUGGGAGGGAGUGUUCCUCUGGGAUUGCCAGUCUUGGGGGUUCUGGAUCCUGAUACAGCCAAGGAGGAUUUAAGGUUUACUCUGACUGUGAUGCCAAACCAUGGGCAGAUGGAGAAAAUUUUAAACAACAGUAAAGUCUUUCUGAGGCAAGGUGACACAUUUUCGUAUGGUGAGAUCCAGACGAACUCAUUCCAUUACACUCAGGACAAGUCUGACCCCGCUGUGUUGGACAGACUGGAGGUACAGGUCAGCGAUGGCAUCCACCAGGUGUCCACUCGUAUCAACGUGUCCAUCAUCAGGGUAGACAACUCAGCUCCUGUCCUGUUACCUACAGCUACCUGUAGGGUACUGGUCAAAGAGGGAGAGACAGUUGUCCUACAGAGGACCAAUCUGGGCUUUAUGGAUGAGGAGGACAGAGAUGACAGAUUGAGGAUAAUCCUCAAUUCCUACAUUGCUCACGGCUCCUUCAAAUAUAAGGCUGCCAGGCUGUUACAGAAAGGCUCCUCCUUCACACAACAGGACAUCAAUGAUGGCUAUAUCAGCUAUACUGCAGACAAAGAGAUAGGAAUUCAGCCAAUCACAGAAGUCCUUAUAUUGAAUGUGACAGACAGCAGACAGAAUCUGUUACCCAAUCAAGUGUUUUCUAUUGUAGUGGAACCAGUGGAUAACCAGCCACCUUCUGUUAUUGUUGGGGAAGAUGUCAAAGUUGAGGAAGGGAAGAUAGUGCCCCUCUCUCUGAGGAACAUCAAGGUCACUGAUAUGGACAGUUCUGUAGGUCAUCUCUCUGUCCUCAUCAGAAGAGGACCCAGCUUUGGGCGAAUAGUGUCCACAAAGACAGAAGUUUCCUCUGAAGUCCAUAAGGGACCCUCCACUGUGGCUUCCUUCUCUAUCCAGGACCUUGUAGAGGAAUACGUCUACUAUGAACAAAGUGACCACAGGAACAAGGAAGCUGUGUGGGACGGCUUCCUGUUUACUGUAACCGACGGCAACAAUACCACACCAGUCUACAGACUCAACAUUUCCAUCACGUUGGUUAAUGAUGAACUACCAUCUUUGAUCACUGAGCAGCUGUUUGUCAAGGAAGAUAACUAUGUAAUAUUGACCAAUGCUUCCCUGUACGUCACAGAUUUAGACACUCCUCCCAAAGAUCUCAUUAUAACAGUCAUCUCAGAACCAACACAAGGAACAUUUGGAUUGAAAACAAAUGCAGGACAUCUAGAUCCAAUGAUAAAAGAACUCAUAAAAGGACACAGAUUUACAUAUCAGAAUGUCCUUGAUGACUUAAUGGUGUACAGACACAUGGGAGGUAACAUUAAGAGUGACUCCCUGUCCCUAUCUGUGACUGAUGGGGAUUUUAAGGUAGAGGGAACCCUCCCUAUAGUGAUAGGGAUAGUCAAUGAUGAGACUCCACGAGUGUCAGUUAACAGAGGACUCAGGGUCAAUACAGGAUCAAUGACGUUUAUAAAAUCUAAGGACCUUCAGUCAACAGACAUUGACUCUGAGGACUCCAUGUUACUGUACACCAUCACCCAGGAUCCACCAGCCGGCCAUCUACAGUACGUAAAGGGAGGGAACUCAGCCCGGAUCUCCUCCAAAGGCAAAAUCCGCACCUUCCUUCAGUCAGACAUCAAUAGUGGUUAUAUACAGUUUGUCCACCAAGCAGGGGAGAUGACUGGGGUUGUCUUAUUCAAGUUUGAUGUAGAGGACAGUGAGGGCAACAAAUUGAUUGAUCAAGACUUCUUCAUUACUAUCAUAGAGGACAGACACCCUCCUCAGGCAUUAGCCAACAGAGAGCUGAUUGUGAAGGAGGGAUCCAGUGCCAGACUGACGUCUCACUUCCUGUCGUACACGGACGUUGACUCGGAGCCCGCAUCCCUACAGUACUUCCUGGUCUCCGCCCCCAAACUAGGUCAUCUGGAACUCACAGGAAAUCCAGGAAUCCCUGUGUCGGAGUUCAGCCAGUCAGACAUAGCAGCUAACAGUGUAGUGUACUACCACACCAGCCCUACAGAGAAUUACAUGGACGCCUUCACAUACACUGUCACUGAUGGAACAAAUCAGAUAACCCACAAAUUCACCAUCACAGUGGUACCAGUGGACGAUGAGAUCCCCCUGGUUAUAAAUAAUGGACUAACAGUUCAGGAGGGGGUUAGGAAAGUGAUCACAGAGUUUGAGCUGAAGGCAGUGGAUCAAGAUACUGAGGAGAGACAGUUGCAAUUCUCUGUUGUGAAUCCUCCCCGCCACGGCUCCCUCCAGACAUCAGACGGCUCCGUGUAUCACACUGUCUCCUCCUUCACUAUGGCUGACAUCUACGACAACAGAGUGAGUUACCUACACGAUGGCAGCGAGACUCAGGCCGACAGCUUCUCCUUCACUGUAACUGACGGCACCACCAAAAUGUUCUCCAUGCAGAGGGACGGGCGACGAGGAGACAUAAGUGUUCCCUCCCCAAACCCACAGGAUUUUAACAUAGAAGUUCUGCCUCUGGAUGAUGGUAUGCCUGUCCUUCAAACAAAUUUAGGAUUACAGUUCCUGGAGAAUUCUAAUGGACAAAUUUCCAACUUUAUAACAAACAAGGAGUUGCUGGCAAUAGAUGUGGACACGCCUUCAAACAGAGUCAUGUACCAUGUGACACAUCAGCCUCGUUAUGGUCAGCUGGAAAGGACAGAGACUCCCAGCAAACCAAUAUCAAGCUUCUCACAAGUGGAUUUGAACAACCAGAAGAUCCGUUAUGUGUUGAUGGGGGACAUCACGGUGGCUCAGGAUUAUUUUGUCUUUGAUCUGAUGGACAGUAAGCCCAAUACAGUGACCAGUAACAAGUUCUACAUCACCUGGUCAUAUAUAGAGUUUGACCACACACUCGUUAACGUUACAGAAACAGCUGGCAUUGUCCAAAUCCCUGUCAACAGGAAAGGCAAUCUCAAGCAGUACUGUGUGGUAUCGUGUAGAACAAUUCCUCUAACAGCCACAUCACAGAUUGUAUCAUCAAGGCCUGGGACUCAGGAUUUUGUAGAGAAAACAGGACAGAUCCAGUUUGAAGAGAUGCAGGAUUCUAAGAUGUGUAAUGUAAUCAUCAAUGAUGACUCGCUGUAUGAAGGAACAGAGAAGUUUUAUGUGGAGGUCUAUCAACCUAUCUACACUCUCUUAGGCAGGAAAAACAGAGCUACAUUGUCUAUAAUGGACCCUGAAGAUGAACCGAUGCUCCAGUUCAAUCAGUCUGUGUACCACAUCAGUGAGAAUGAUGGUUAUUUACAGGCGACCAUCACUAGAGCAGGUGACGUGAGUGACAGUGUCUCCGUCGUAUGUUACACUGUCCCCCUGACCUCGCGAGGUAGUGGACCAGACAGACUGGAGUCUGGCUCAGAUUACAUCACCAGGACUCACUCCAACAGGAACAGAGUUAUCUUCCCUGCCGGAGUCAUCACUGCUUCAUGCAGCGUCAGGGUGAUAGAUGAUAGUAUCUUUGAAAGCUCAGAGGAGAUGGAACUGAGACUUGCUGAUCCCUCAUUCAAUGCUAGGAUAGGGCUUCUGUCUUCAGCUACAGUUAUUAUUGAUGGACCUAAUGAUGAGUCCAGUAUACACUGGUCCCUGCCAUACUACCAUUUUGAUGAGGAUGCUGGUGAUGUGGAGGUGGAGCUCCUCCGGUCAGGGUCUGACCUGUCCCACACUUCUGUAGUGUGGUGCGCCACCCGACUCUCAGAACCACCCUCAGCCACCCCUGGGGAGGAUUACAUACCCAGCUCCUCCCAGGUCACCUUCCAACCAGGCCAGUCCUCUCAGAAAUGUCGCCUGACUCUGUUGGAUGACAGUGUGGAGCCGCGGUUAGAGGGUAAUGAAACGUUCGUUGUCUGGCUGAGUACUCCAGUAGGGAGUUCCCUGGGAAUCCCCCACACAGCUGUUGUUACUAUUUAUGACAGCCAUUUAGACAUUCCAACUAUGGAGUUUACCUACACUGAGAUGAUAAUAAAAGAGAGUGACCAUGUAGUACACAUCCCUAUUAGAAGACUGGGAGAUACCAGUCAGAAUUCCUCCGUCAUCUGCUACACACGACAAAGCACGGCAGUAGUCAUGAUGGACUACAGUGAAAGACCACUCACUGAGGCCUCCAGAAUAACAUUUCUACCUGGAGAGCAGGUGAAAAACUGUUCGGUUAGGAUUGUUGAUGAUAGUGACAAUGAACCAGUGGAAUUCUUUUUUGUCUGGUUAACUCAACCUAAAGGCACCAAGGACACCACAGCAGCAGUAGGAGACCAGGUCAAGGUCAAAAUAACUAUCAUCAACCCAGAAGAUGCUCCAACAAUUCAGUUUGAACAAGAAGAAUACACAAUUCACGAGCCAAGCCUUGGUGAACAUUCUGGUACAGUGAGUCUGAGAAUAAUCAGGAAUGGGGAUGUUAGCGGUACCUCCAGAGUCCGCUGUAGUACAAGAGAUGGCUCUGCUGUGUCAGGCAAAGACUACAAUCCUAAAAGUCAGAUCAUAACUUUCUCACCAGGGGAGAGGUACAUAGAUUUUCCAGUGGAGAUCCUCCAUAACAUCAAUAUUGAGUGGCAUGAGUCAUUUCGGGUCAUACUUGGUCCAGAGGAUCCCACAGGAGCGGGUCUGGGAGAUACGGCUCUGACCACAGUCACCAUACUGGACGAUGAAGUUUCAGGCAGUCUUAUCUUUCCUGCUCCACCCAUGGUGGUAUCUCUGCUUCACUUAGAUAAUAUACCAAAGGACUAUAAAGAGGACCCCUCCCCUGGUUACCCCCUUGUCUGUGUGUCUCCUUGUGAUGCACAGUAUCCCUCCUACAGUAUUACUCAUUCUUUGUGUCAACAGUCAGGAAUCAACCAAUCAGCUAUCUCCUAUCGUUGGGAGGUUGCCAUGCCGACCACUUACCACGGCACCAGACCUCCCUUUGUCAUGGUGACAGACAACACUCCCUUUACAAGUGUUGACUCUAAGGUUCUUGACAGUAUUUACUUCCGUCCAUCUUUUCGUGUUCGUUGUACCAUUCAACCUCUACAUUCUAAUGGUAAUCCCGGUAUUCCCUCGAAGAGUCAUGAAGUCAGCAUUUACCAUAACAACGGGAUUUGUAAUUCCCCUGUUUUCAGGGGAACACCAAAUAGUUACAGUGCACAAUCAUUUCUUGCCAACCUAAAAUAUGUGGGACCAGGUGACAGAAAGCACCCCAACACUGUCCAUAUUUCCAUUAGUGUUCCACAUCAGGAUGGUCAUCUUCCACUUAUCUCCACCUACCCUAUCCACAAUCUCCGCUAUCUGCUGGCUGAGCCAGUUUACAGACAGCAGCAUCUGUGUUCUAACUUUAUAAGUCCCCGUGAGCUCGCUGGGAUUGCUAAUUCUGCCUUUCUGGGCAGUUCAGAAGCAGGACCAUCAUUGUACAAGUUUCCUCACCAGUUUGAUCCAGCUUUUCGAGAAAAUAAAACUUUGAAUUUGUAUCGACACCUAAACAUGAAGUCAUGUAUGUGGAAAUUCGAUGCAUGGUAUCACAUGACAGAUUUAGUGGAUGUUUGUGGUGGAAAAGUAACUUCAGAUUUUCAGGUGAAGGAUGCUGGUAAGACUUACUUGACGGUGACGGUGCCCCUUUAUGUUUAUUAUGUGUAUGCCACGGCCCCUAUAGGGUGGGGGUCCCUCCAGCAUCACACCCAGAUGGAAUUCUCUUUUUACUAUGACACCAUUCUGUGGCACACUGGACUGGAAACCAAGGGCACUAUAUCAGGAGAUCUGCAGGUUCUCAAAAUUCUUGUCGGCAGGGAUGGAAAACUUAUAGUAGACUUCAAAACCCAUGCUAGGUUCAGAGGUUUGUAUGUAAUAAAACACCACACCUUGCCUAAUGUGGAGAGUAGAGUUAUUUCCCCUGAGGGUGUGUCCCUCCACAUGGACCUGACACUAGUGUGGGGGCAGCAGACCUUUGACAGCCCACAGCAGCUGUGGAGGACCUCCAGUGACUUCAGCGUCAAGGAUUACACUGGUACUUAUGUAUUGGAACUUGUUCCCUGCACUGUCCAUCCAACCCAGAAAUACAUCUCUAACCAGUCCCCUAUACCCUGCACUGCCCAACCUCCUCAAAGAUUUGAGGUGCCCAUAGCCUUCCAGCAAUCAAACCAUCCAGUCCCCCUUGUAUACUCACUGGACACAUCCUUCCAACUAACAAGCAAUAAAAAGGUCUUCUUAAUGGACAUCCAUGAUGAACAGCUGAAGGAGGAGAUGAAAUAUGAUGGGGUGUUUGACCAUGGUAAAAUCAAUUAUGCGAAACCACACAGUUGA